UAGAUGUUUCCGUAGUAUUGUGAUUGUGUCCAAAAUACAGGGUUUUGUUUUGCCUAUUUAAUAUUACAAAAUACAACUCAAAUAGUUAUGCCCGUUAAGUUUCGACACGCCAGCAGCUGUUCGUGCGCCCGGUGUAUGUGCAAUGCAAACUCCCCUGGCCAGCAGUAUUGCUUUUAACCUUAGUUGACAUUGAAAUGUACCCGCUAGAGGCGGAGACAGUGCGUCUGUCUGGCUGCCUGCCUGCUUACUUGCUGCCCCAAUAGUGUUGUGCUGUGUGCGCUAGAAAAGGAGAGCAAACCUCGAAUUAAAAUCUGCAUUUGCAGCUGACCCCUAGUGUUGGCCAACGAGCCCCCAAAUUGAAAAAAAAAAAAAGAAUGAAACACAGUAAAUGAAAAUGAAAUAAAAUAAUGAGCAAUAGCGACAACAGCCUUAAUGAAAUUCACCUGCGGCAACAAAAACACGCAAGCAAAGUAGCGACAGCGACGUCGUCUGCAAGAGCAGCUGUGGCAGAGCCAGCGUUUAAGUUCGGUUUCUUCUGAUGGUUGUGUCCCAGUGCUAGUAAAUGUGCAUUAAUCUGAUCAAAACAAACGGCAAAGAUUCUGGCAUUCGUUAUUAAUUAAAUCAGCAGCCGCAGCGGCAGCCGUAACAACAGCUGAGUGCUACCGAGCCAACGAGUGGGAAUGAGAGGGCAACAGCAGCAGCAACACCAGCCGCAGCAGCCCACAUUUGACUUAUACAUCGAACAACAAAAACAACAAUUGCUGCUACUGCUUCUUCUUAUACAAAGUCAGCACCAGCCAGAGCUGCAAAACACCGGCACAAAAGCGACACUCGCAUUCGCAGCCGCAGCAGCGACGCCAACGCCAACGAUUUGUUGGUAAUUAAAAGUAAAGCAAAGAAAAAAGUCAGCGGCGCAGCAGCAGCGGCCACUCAGUCGCAAGUAGUCGACACAUAACGGAACAGAUUCAAUUCGUGCUUUGAUCGCAUCGCAUCGCGUCGAUUUGUUUCGUUUCGUUUCGUUUAUAAAAAUAGCAACAUACCAAAGAGCGAGCGAGAGACCGCGCGCACGAAAGAGAGCGGGAGGAAGUGUCUGAAGAACGUGCGAUUGAACGGUGUGGGGGGAUUAUUGUGGAAUUGAAAUCUGUCGCUAACAAUAUAACUGCGGAUUUGGAUUACAACUGACAACAACAACAACGACAGCAGUAGCAGCAGCAACAGCAACAAUAAAAAGAAGUAAAAAGUUGCCACAGCGCCGUCGGAGAACGUCGCCAAAAUUUCACUCGAUCUAAUGGCCAAAGACGAGGAAGAUGAUCUGCUGCCCGACAAGGAUGCGGCCAAGGGGUUCUAUGCCAAAUAUGAGCCCAAAGAAAUACUGGGCAGGGGCAUCAGCUCGACGGUGCGUCGCUGCAUUGAGAAGGAGACGGGCAAAGAGUUCGCAGCGAAAAUUAUCGAUCUGGGCGCCACGACAGAGGCGGGCGAAACGAAUCCAUAUCACAUGCUCGAAGCAACCAGACAAGAAAUCUCAAUCCUACGCCAAGUGAUAGGGCAUCCCUACAUAAUCGAUUUGCAGGAUGUAUUUGAAUCGGAUGCAUUUGUAUUUCUCGUCUUCGAGCUGUGCCCCAAGGGCGAACUGUUUGACUAUCUGACAUCGGUGGUGACGCUCUCCGAGAAGAAGACGCGCACCAUUAUGCGCCAGAUAUUCGAGGGUGUCGAGUACAUACACGCCAAGAAUAUCGUUCAUCGCGAUCUGAAGCCCGAGAACAUACUGCUCGAUGAGAAUCACAAUGUGAAGAUCACCGACUUUGGGUUCGCCCGGCAGCUGGGCGAGGGCGAGAAACUUACAGAUCUUUGUGGCACGCCGGGCUACUUGGCACCGGAGACGCUCAAGUGCAACAUGUUCGAGGGCUCGCCAGGCUAUUCGCAGGAAGUGGACAUUUGGGCCUGCGGCGUCAUAAUGUUCACGCUGCUCGUCGGCUGUCCCCCGUUCUGGCAUCGCAAGCAGAUGGUUAUGCUGCGCAACAUAAUGGAGGGCAAAUACAGCUUCACCUCGCCCGAAUGGGCCGAUAUUUCAGAGGAUCCCAAAGAUCUGAUACGCAAAUGUCUAGUCGUUGAUCCAGCGCAACGUAUCACCGUUAAGGAAGUAUUAAGACAUCCAUUCUUCAAUCAAAUGUUGUUCGAGCAAAAUAUUGAUGGCCUCAAGCGCAGCCUUUCGACCAAGUCCAGAAGAAUGAGUCGCAUCACUGAAAUCGCACUGGUUCUAAUGAACGAGAUGACGUAUAUGCAGCACUUGCAUUCCAAUGCUAGGACUGCACAUUAUCCUGGCACCGGUGCAGCCAUUGGUAACAGUAACGCCAACGGUCCUAGCUCCAGCCGACAACAUCAACCAGAAUUCCGCUAUAAUCGACUGAACAGUGGCAACGCUGGUAGCAGUUGUGGUACAUCCUCCUCCUACAUAUACUGCAGUGCGCCGCAGAGUUCAUAUUCAUCGAACCGACUACGUGAUGUUGCCACCACCAGCAGCAGUAGCAAUUAUUUUGCGCCUGAGCCGGACAAACAGCAGCAGCAACAGCAGCAACUACAACAACAACAACGACGACAGGAUACAACAACGACAUCCAAUUCUACCUGCAAUACAGCCUCGUCCAUGACAUUAACGGCUACAGUAUACUAUCAACAGCAGCAACAGUUGCAGUUCGAACAGCAGCAGCAGCAGGAACAACAGCAGCAACAACAACAGCGUUCAACAACAUCUUUCAAGACGCGGCAGCAUUUGAGCAUCGAUAACGAUAACGAUAAUUAUGAGAGUGCGGCAAAUGCAAAUGCUAAACAUUUAUUGUAUUCAUCAGUGCAGCUGCGGAAACAGAGUCGCUUCAAUGCGCGCAAAAAGUUCCAAUUUGCCAUAUUAGUAAUACGCGCUGUCAUUAGGAUACGCCGCCUACGCUAUACGGCCGAGCCGCUCCACGUUGAGGAGGCCAUACGUGAUCCUUAUCGCGUCAAGGUGCUGCGCAAGGUUAUUGAUGGCUGUGCCUUCCGCGUGUAUGGUCAUUGGGUGAAGAAGGGCGAAGGCCAGAAUCGUGCCGCCCUGUUCGAGAAUACUCCGCGCACCGAACUGCACGCGCUCUACAUAAAUAAUCUCAGUCGAUAGGAGACACAGCACGCACACAUACACAAAUAGAAGCGAAAGUUACGAAGAAUACAAAAGCAAAACAAAUUAUUGUUCUGCUUGUCACACAGGCACACACGCACACAAACAGAUGCGUACUGUGUUGGGAUGCAAAAAAAAAAACAAACUACGCUAGAGUAAUGCGUAUGUACAUAGUAAAAUGGAGCAACACAUGCAUAAAAACAAUUACAAAUAAAUAUAACAGCGAUAUGAAUGUGUGUAGGUGUAGUUAAUUAGCAGCGAGGCCUUUUGCCCACACGCCCACAAGAGAAAGCAAACAUACAUAUGUACAUACAUACAUACAUAAAUGCAUAUGUAUUUUUUGUUAAUGAUUUUAUUA